CGGGGUCCGGGCGGGCAGGCACUCGGCGGCCGCGGCGCGAUGGAGGCGCCGGCCGAACUGCUGGCCGCGCUGCCCGCGCUGGCCACGGCGCUGGCACUGCUGCUCGCCUGGCUGCUGCUGCGGCGUGGGGCGGCCCCGGUCCCGGCCCCGGAACGCGCGUCCCCAGCGGAGGCCCCCGGGGCUCCCGCGCCGCCUGCGCCUCCCGAGCCCUGCUCCCCGGAGCCCGCGCCCGCGGGGCCGCGCCAGCCCGAGCGCAUGGCGGAACUGGGGGAGCCCGCGGCGGAGGAGCCGGCGGACGAGGGGAGGCAGGAUGAAGAGCAAGACUCAGACAGUGAGACGGGACCUCCCACUGAAGAGCCUGAGGAAGAGGAUGGAGCGGCCUUCUCCUUCAAGUACAGCCCUGGGCAGCUGAGGGGAAGCCAAUACAAGCAGAUGAUGACCAAAGAAGAAUUGGAGGAGGAACAGAGAGUUCAGAAAGAACAGCUGGCCGCCAUCUUCAAGCUCAUGAAGGACAACAAGGAGACGUUUGGUGAGAUGUCUGAUGGUGACAUGCAGGAGCAGCUCCGACUCUAUGACAUGUAGGCCUGUCGCCCAGCAAGACGUGACCCAGGACAUCCUGAUGACCCUGAGGGACUUGGUCCAGGCAGUUGUGAUUCCCAGACUUUUGAAGGACUAUCUUGUAAAAGCAGAUAGAGAUGUGUGUUAUAUAAGGAUUCGCUUGGCCUCUGCAAUUUUUAUAUCAUGUUCGAGGAAUCGACAUUGUUUUCUUCGGAGGAGGAAACCCCUGACCCCUCUGGCUUCAGCUCACUGGUGAGGGGCCACCUGUGUCGUGUUCUGUAGACCCAGGGCAGGUAGUCCAGGAUUGCUGACGAGGGCUUGAUGCUGGGACCCUAAGCAUACUGUGUAGAUGGAAUACAGGGUACCACAGGGGAGAUGGGUGUUAUCUAGCAACACUAUACUCUUUAUUCUGCCCCAGGGGCAUUUCUGGAAGUCACUGGGGUGGCAGCCACAAGUCUGAUUGAAAGGCUCAGCUGUUACCCUGGGGCAGAAGAGUGGGGUCAGCUGAUAGAGUAGUUACCACUGCCGAAGCUCACCUUCAGCACAGUCACGCCGUGCGCAAGUGUGGCACACAGAGAACGAUGCUGGACACUGUAGACAGGAGAAAUAACACACACAACAGGACCUGGGGCGGAGCGUGUGCUUAGCAAGUUCAAGGCCCCUGAGUUUCAUCCCCAGCACCAGAAACCCUUCUCCUCCAACCCACCCCCCAAACGACAGUGUGAUCUGUACCUUUGGUGAGACUCAAAGGCCUUUAGAAAAUGAGAAGCUACCAGAAAACUUCAGGAAAAUGUUCCAGUGUCCCCUAAAAUAAUGCCUGAGUGCCAGGGUAGGACCACUCAGUGAUGAUGGGGAUGGACCACAGCAGCUCCUUCGUGCCCACCAGUCCUACUGUUUGUCACCCCACUUUGCCAGAGCAAACUGAAUCGAAGGUAUGCUGAGGACAGGAAGUGGGAACGCUCUUAAAACCAACUUUUAUUUGCUAAAAUAAAACGAAAUCACCAUAAAGACAUAACUCAAACUAUGGAGAGCAGAAUUGACUUUUUAAAGAUUUAUUUUAGCCAGGCAUGGUGCCACGAGCCUUUAAUCCCAGCAUUCAGGAGGUAGAAGCAAGCAGACCUCUAUGAGUUCAAGGCCAGCCUGGUCUACAGAGUGAGUUCCAGGACAGCCAGGGCUACACAGAGAAACCCUGUCUCGAAAAACCAAAAUUUUUUUUAAAAUUAUUAUUAUUUGGGUUUUUUUUGUUUUGUUUUUUCAAGGCAGGGUUUCUCUGUGAAACAGUCCUGGCUGUCCUGGAACUCACUUUGUAGACCAGGCUGGCCUCCAACUUACAGAGAUCCGCCUGCCUCUACCCCCCCAGUGCUGGGAUCAAAGGCAUGCGCCACCACCCAGCAAGUUUGGUGCAUCUUUUUUUUUUUUUUUUUUUUUUGAGAUGGCCUCACUGUGUAGCCCUAGCUGUCCUAGAACUCACAGAGAUCCACCUGCCUCUGCUUGCUUCCUGAGUGCUGGGAUUAAAGGGUGUGCUACCACACCCAGCCAAGAUUUUAUUUUUAGUGUGUGUGUGUGUGUGUGUGUGUGUGUGUGUGUGUGUGUGUGUCUAUGCACGCGCAUGUAAGUCAGAUGCCUGGAGAGAUGGCUCAGCAGUUAGGAGUGCUUGCUGCUCCUAAAGAGGACUUCAGUUCCCACAGCCCACGUUAGGCCGCUCACAACCUCCUGUAACUCCAGCUCCAGGGGAUAGGAACCUUCUCUUCUUGUCUCCAUGGGCAUCACACUCACGUGGUGCAUGUAUACACACACACACACACACACACUAAAAGCAUCUGCAGACUCAGAAGCCAUUCUUAAACAUUCCUGGUGCCGUUGGUAAGACUUAACACAGAAGAUUCACUCCACCCUGUGAUCUGAAACCAAGAAGAAAAUCCUAUUAACUCACAAAUGUCAAGAAGAAGAAAAAUCAAUACCAUUGGGGCCACUGAGAAGCAUAAGGCAGGUGUGACACCACUGGUUGUCACAUUGGCAAGAUGUAGAAUCCCCUAGGGGACACACCUAGUCAUGUCUGGGAGGGCGUUUGCAGAGAGGUUUAACUGAAGGAGGAGGCCAUGCUGAAUGUGGGCAGCAUGGUUCCCUGGGCUGGGCUCCUGACUGGGUAACAAAGGGAAAGUGGCUUGAACACAGGCGUUUAUCCUCUGCUUCCUGACCAUGGAUACACUGUGCACCACACCCCCACUGCUGUGACCUCCUCACCAUAAUGGACCUGCGUCCCUUGUGGACACAGUGUGGCCAGCUGCACCAUAUCCUGUAGCUAGAGUUUUCCUGCCUGGCCCACAGUCAGGACAAAUCUCUCUCACCUGCCAGUCCCACGGCCACUCAGACCCAACCAAGUAAACACAGAGACUUAUAUUGGUUAUAAACUGUAUGGCCGUGGCAGGCUUCUUGCUAACUGUUCUUAUAGCUUAAAUUAAUCCAUUUCCAUUAAUCUAUACCUUGCAUGGCUCGUGGCUUACCGGCAUCUUCACAUGCUGUUUGUCAUUGUGGCGGCUGGCAGUGUCUCUGACUCAGCCUUCCACUUCCCAGCUUUAUUCUCCUCCUUGUCCCACCUAUACUUCCUGCCUGGCCACUGGCCAAUCAGUGAUUUAUUUAUUGACCAAUCAGCAACACACUUGACAUACAGACCAUCCCACAGCAGUAUCCUGCUGCUGUGACCUCACCAUAACGGACUGUAUCCCCAGACUGGGCAGAGUAGACCCUUCCUCCCUUUACUUUCAUCUUGUUAGGUCUGAGUGAGACACAGAGCAACUUGCUCCACAAUCAUGAGGAUGGAAGUUUGGAUCCCAUUGUCUGUCUGGGUCACAAGCUGGGUGCCCCCACAAAUACCUGUCACCUCAGUUCUGAUGGGGGUGGAGACAGGAGGGUUUCUGGGGCUUGCUGUCUUCCCCUUAGCUCUUGGUUCAGAAAGAGACCCUGCCUCAAAGGAAAAGGGAAAAUGAUAGCGGACACUCGAUGCUCUCUUCUGGCCUCCAUGUGCACAUGAAGGUGUGAGUAUACGUGCUCAUGCGUGGACUUGAGUGCGUGCGCGCAUGUGUGCACACAGAAAAAUAGGUAAAGUAAUAUUUGGGGUUCUUGUUUUUGUGUUUUGGUUUUUGGUUUUUCAAGACAGUUUCUCUGUGUAGCCUUGUCUGUCCUAAAACUAGCUCUGUAGACCAGGCUGGCCUCAAACUCACAAAGAUUUGCCUGUCUCUGCCUCCCAAGUGCUGGGAUUAAAGGCAUGGAUCACCAUCACCCCGCUAAAAUAAUCUUUAAAAAAAAAAAAAGGAGGCUGAUUAUGGUGGCACAGACCUUUAAUACCAGCAUGUAGGAGGCAAUAGUGGAGGAUCGCUGAGUUUGAGGCCAGAGCGGUCUACAUAGUGAGUUCCAGUUAGCCAGAGCUAAAUAGAAAGACCCUGUGUCGGUAAUAAUAAGAAAAAGGGGCAAGAGGGUGGUUCAACCAAGUAAAGAUGCCCGCCACCAAGCCUGAGUUCAGGCCCUGUGAUCCACAUGGUGGAAGGAGAGAACUGAUUCCUAUUAGUUGUCCUCUGACUCCCCACCACAUAACUGCUGAAUGUGCCCUCCCCACACGCACGCACACACACACACACACACACACACACACGUGUGUAUACACACACACACACGUGUAUACACACACACACGUGUAUACACACACACGUGUAUACACACACACACACACGCAUGCACCUCACACACACACACACACACACACACACACACGUGUAUACACACACACACACCCCUAAAAAGAAAUGUAAAGGCAAUUUUAAAAAAAUGGCACAGGAGCCGGGCGGUGGUGGCGCACGCCUUUAAUCCCAGCACUUGGGAGGCAGAGCCAGGAGGAUCUCUGUGAGUUCGAGGCCAGCCUGGGCUACCAAGUGAGUUCCAGGAAAAGGCGCAAAGCUACACAGAGAAACCCUGUCUCGAAAAAAAACCAAAAAAAAAAAAAAAAAAAAUGGCACAGGAAGGGCAACUCAGUGGUUAAGAAUUCCGGCACCUGCACAUGGGACAUUCACACACACACACACACACACACACAAAUAAAUAAAUAAAUAAAUAAAUAUUUUUUUAAAAAAAUAAGAAAGAAAAAGAAACUCAGGACAGGAAAGAGAAACAGAGAGGACAUGCAUGUGGCAGGCCACAGCAGAACAUUCAUCAGGAAUUCGAGCUCCUGAGCCACAGUAGUUGAAGAAAGAACCUUCUGGGACUCUGAGCUUCUGGCCAGCCAUGUGAACCAGCCUCCAAGCCUUUGGCCUUUCCCACUGUACUGGCCCAACACACUGGCCCUUGGCUAGACUGCCCAUGUAACACAAACAGCAGUGACUUGUCACUCAUGACACACUUGUACAGGUUCAAACUCACGUCUAUUUAGCAAGUCCUCAUUUGUUAGAACAAUUUCAGGCUCUUCUUUCCUUAAAGUUGCAUGGACCUCCACAUCUGGACAGGAUUAGCUAGUGCCAGGCUUCCUGUACUGAAAGUAAUUGCUGUUUUCAGGGGGUCAUACUGAAGAAACAGGAUCUCUCUAUUAUGUAGCCCUGGCUGUGGUGGUAUUUUACUUGUACUGAAAUGUGAUUUUAAUUGUAUGUUAAUAAAUAAAGUUGCCUGGGGGGUCAGAGCUAUUAGAGCCAUAGCAAGUGCGUGGCGGCGGUGGCGCACGCCUUUAAGGACCUGGAGGGCGGUACAUACAGGCAGUGACGAGGCAGUCACGUGUUUGGGUUUACAACCAAUGAGAAGGCAGAACAGCUAGACUAUAUAAAGACAUACACACAGGAAGUAGGUCCCUUUCGGAGAGCUCUCUUGGCUGAAGCAGGAAGGGUGAGGCUCUUAGCUCUGACCUCUUGGCUUUCUUCUCUGAA